AGGUCACACAGCACACAGUGUUAUUAGCGGUACGCAAUGACGGAGGGCCGUAUCCGGUGCUAUUAUGAGGUGCUGGAGGUGGAGCGGAAAGCCACCUACGAUGAGAUUCGCGCUGCUUACAAGAAAAAAUCACUUCAGUACCAUCCCGAUAAGAACUUCGGUAAUCAGGAGGAGGCUGCACAUCGUUUCAAGGAGGUACAAAAUGCGUACUCUAUUCUUAGCGACGACAACGAGCGGGCUUGGUACGACUCACACCGCGAAGCCAUUCUCCGCGGCGGCGACGGCACCGGUGAUCCAGAUGAGCUGAAUUUGUACGAGUAUUUUACUGCAAGCUGCUUUGAUGGCUUUGAUGACGGCGAGAGCGGCUUUUACACUGUCUACCGUAAGGCCUUCGAUCUCGUCGUCGAGGAGGAGGCAGAUUACGACUCCCGCGCCAAGUCGUGGCCCGGGUUCGGCGACAGCAACGGCACGUGGGCUGAUGUACUCGGGUUUUAUAAUCACUGGCGUAACUUUAGCACCUUCAAAACCUUUGCCUGGAAAGACGAAUACAAGGUCAACGAGAUGGAGGACCGUUACUCUCGUCGGAUGGCUGGCCGCAUCAACAGCAAGGCGCGUGAUGGUGCGAAGAAAGAGUACGUGCGCACGGUGCAGAGCCUUGCGCAGUUUGUGUACCGACGUGACCCGCGUGUGAAGGCGGAGUUGGAGAGACAGGAGAAGGAAGAGGCGGAGAAGAAGGCGGAGCGGGAGCGUCAGGAGAUCGAACGUUUGAGGCGACGCCGCGAGGCCAACGAGCGCAUCUGGGCCGAGGCCGCGGAGCGCGAGGAGAGGGAGGAGGCAGAGCGAGCCGCGCGGGGUGAGGCGAUGGAUGGAUCCACAUUGGAGAUGCUGUACGAGAAGGAGCGCCUGACAAAGGAGAUGAUGCGCGGCAACUGCGGAGUUGGGGCGCACGCCGCUGGAUUUGCCAUGCUGGAGAAGGACGAUGACCAGCCUGCCACAUCUUUCAACUGCCCUGCAUGCAAGAAGCAGUUCAAGUCGGAGAACCAGUACAAAGAACACAUCCGCAGCACUAAGCACAAAACGAAGCUGAAGCAACUCGCUGCAAAAGGGACGGAUGUGGCCGCUUUGAUGGGUGAAAAGACGGGGGAUGGUGCGGAUGUGCCUGAGGAGUAG